AUGGACCUCGAGCCAGAGCCACCUGCGUCUGACGACUCGCCUAACUGGCGCUACCCCUUGCUUCUACGCCUCGUCAACGGCACUCUGCCCCCAGACCAGGCUGAGGCAAGGCGCGUGGCUCGUCGCGCCAAGACCUUUGUCCUCCUUGACGGAGAGAUGUAUAAGCGCAGCCCCUCCAGCAUCCUUAUGCGUUGCAUCCCACGUCAGGAGGGAAUCAAGCUCCUACAGGACAUACACUCGGGGGCUUGUGGCCACCACGCCGUGCCUCGGAUGCUGGUAGGAAAUGCCUUCCGACAAGGCUUCUACUGGCCCACCGCAGUGGCUGAUGCCACGGAGAUCGUACAGACCUAUGAGGGAUGCUAG